GGGUAAUAAUAUAAAUAUGGGAUUUAUCUUUUUCCUUGGAAGAACUAUUUUUAGUGUGGUCCUGAUCAUGGCAGCUGUGUUGACAAUACAGGAAGAUAUUGGAUCUUUUGAUAAGCCGAUGGAGAAUCUUUUCAUGGCUUUAGAGAAGAAUGCUGGAAUCCCGAGUGAAUUACCUUUGAAGUAUCUCACUUCUAUUGUUUUCGCUUGUUUGAUAGGAGUGAUUUUAGGAACAGUACAGAUUUUGAUCGGAGUUAGAUCAGGAGGAUUUUUCACUCUAAUCUUUUUCUCUUUCCUUUGUCUUGUCAGAGAUUUUCCAGGAUGGCACAAGGAUGAAGCUGUAAUUGAGAUUCAGACUAUUAAAACUUUUAAGGAUAUUGCUGUAAUAGGAACUCUGAUAAUGCUAACUAAUGCCUCUUCGUCGAAAUAAGUAGACUAAAAGUCUUUCAAUAAA